UUGACACCCACAGGGUUAAACCUGGCUGCUGGAGUCAUCCCUCCUCCCGCGAGUCCCCUUUUUCACUGUGGGCUGGCAGCUGUCCUAACUGCCUACUGAAGCCAAAUGCUUGAGGAGAGAGAGAGAGUAAGGAACCAGUCAUGAAUCCUUUCCAGAAAAAUGAGUCCAAAGAAACACUUUUUUCACCUGUUUCCACUGAAGAGGUACUGCCUAGACCUCCCAGCCCUCCACAAAAGCCAUCACCGAAAAUCUGUGGCUCCAAAUAUCCCCUGAGCAUUGCCUUCAUUGUGGUGAAUGAAUUCUGCGAGCGUUUCUCCUAUUAUGGCAUGAAAGCUGUGCUGACCCUAUACUUCCUGUAUUUCCUGCACUGGAAUGAAGACACCUCCACGUCAGUGUACCACGCGUUCAGCAGCCUCUGCUAUUUCACUCCCAUCCUGGGAGCAGCCAUCGCCGAUUCCUGGCUGGGCAAAUACAAGACAAUCAUCUAUCUCUCCCUGGUGUACGUGCUUGGUCAUGUACUCAAGUCUUUGGGCGCCAUACCAAUACUGGGGGGAAAAAUGCUACAUACAGUCUUAUCAUUGCUUGGCCUGAGUCUAAUAGCUUUGGGGACAGGAGGUAUCAAACCCUGCGUGGCAGCUUUUGGCGGAGACCAGUUUGAAGAAAAACAUGCAGAGGAGCGGACUAGAUAUUUCUCAGUCUUCUACCUGUCCAUCAAUGCAGGAAGUUUGAUUUCUACAUUUAUUACACCCAUGCUGAGAGGAGAUGUUAAAUGUUUUGGGGAAGACUGCUAUGCACUGGCCUUUGGAGUUCCAGGAUUGCUCAUGGUAGUAGCCCUUGUUGUGUUUGCAAUGGGAAGCAAGAUGUACAAAAAACCACCUCCUGAAGGAAACAUAGUGGCCCAAGUUCUCAAAUGCAUCUGGUUUGCUGUUUCCAACCGCUUCAAGAACCGUUCUAGGGACAUUUCAAAGCGACAUCACUGGCUAGAUUGGGCAGUCGAGAAAUACCCAAAGCAGCUCAUUCUAGAUGUGAAGGCACUGACCAGAAUCCUUUUCCUCUACAUCCCACUGCCCAUGUUCUGGGCUCUUUUGGACCAGCAGGGCUCACGAUGGACACUGCAAGCCACCAAAAUGAACGGGGAUCUGGGUUUUUUUGUGCUCCAGCCAGACCAGAUGCAGGUACUAAAUCCCUUUUUGGUUCUUAUCUUCAUCCCACUGUUUGAUCUUGUCAUUUAUCGUCUGAUCGCCAAGUGUGGAAUUAACUUCUCAUCACUUAGGAAAAUGGCUGUUGGUAUGAUUCUAGCAUGCCUGGCAUUCGCUGUUGCAGCCGUUGUAGAGAUAAAAAUAGAUGGGAUGACCCCAACCCAGCCAGGCUCUCAGGAAAUUUUCCUACAAGUCUUGAACCUGGCAGAUAAUGAAGUGCAAGUGAUGGUGACGGGAAAUGGCAACAGUUCUCUGCUGGUGGAGCCCGUCAAAGCCUUUCAGAAACCAACGCACUAUUCUAAACUACACCUGAAAACGAAGUUCCAGGGCUUCCACGUCUACCUGAAAUACCACAAUUUGUCUGUCCACAACGAGCAUCCUGUGGAGGAGAAGCACUGGUACAGUUUGAUCAUUCAUGAGGAUGGGAAAAGUAUUUACAGCAUGAUGGUAAAGGAUGCGGGAAGCAAAACCACCAAUGGGAUGACAGCUGUCAGGUUUAUUAAUACUUUGCAUAAAGAUGUCAACAUUUCCCUGGGCUCAGAUGGUCCCUUCAGUGUUGGUCAAGACUAUGGCGUGUCUGCGUACAGAACUGUGCCAAGAGGAGACUAUCCUUCAGUGCACUGUAAAACGGAAGAUGAAGACUUUUUUCUGAAUCUGGGCCUCCUUGACUUUGGUGCGUCCUAUCUGUUUGUCAUUACAAAUAUCAGCAGUCAGGGCAUUCAGGCCUGGAAGACAGAAGACGUCCCAGCCAAUGAACUGUCCAUUGCGUGGCAGCUCCCGCAGUAUGGCCUGGUUACAGCCGCAGAGGUCAUGUUUUCUGUCACUGGACUUGAGUUUUCUUAUUCCCAGGCGCCAGCCAGCAUGAAAUCUGUCCUCCAGGCGGCCUGGCUGCUGACCGUGGCAGUUGGGAACAUCAUUGUGCUCAUUGUUGCUCAGUUCAGUGGCUUGGUACAGUGGGCUGAAUUCAUCUUGUUUGCCUGCCUCUUGCUAGUGGUCUGCCUGAUCUUCUCCAUCAUGGGUUACUACUAUGUUCCUGUCAACUCAGAAGAGGUUCACGGGCCAGCAGAUAAACAGAUGGCUCCUAUCCAAGGAAACAUGAUCAACCUGGAGACCAAGAGUACGAAGCUCUGAUGACUCCCUGGACUGACACCAGUUCCUGGCCCUGGUUUUGGCCUCAUUUAUUAUCAAGCAUUUUUUUUGUUUGUUUGUUUGUUUUUCUCUCUCUCUCCUACUAAGUUAGGAGAGGGAGGGAGCAUUCUAUUUGAGUUGAUCUCCUCCACUUUUUUUUUUUUUUUUUUUUUUUAGCCGUGGUAGACUUAGACUGGUUUUUCCAGUAUGUCCUUAAACAGGGACCCAAGAUUCUGUCCUCCAGCGAACUCAGUAAACACCGUGUAGAGUCCCUCACUCACACUGGCCUGGUAUCUCCAAAUGGCCACGAAAAUACAAAUGUAUAAUUGAGAUGGGCCUAUGGGUGUGCAAAAUGUGGGAGAUUCCUUUAUCAGCUACUUGUCAUUUAGAGCUGAUAACUUCGUGUUUUGGGGUGUUGGUUCAGGGGCAAAAAUGUAGACUACUAGAUGUGUGUUUUUUUUUUUUUAAAUAAGCAAUGUAAUUGUACUAUUCAAAAAGAUGUCAACAAUGGUAUGUAUGGUAUAAUUAGUCCAGGAGCUGGCUUGUCAACUGUCCAAGUUAGGUAAGAGCUUAGAUGGCAAGGGUCUGCAAUGCCAUUUUAUUGACACAUGGAAGACAGAUCUUUCUGAUGGCCAUGGUAUGUGAUCUACUUACCCAAACACUCAUUUUUGAGCACUUGACAGAUCCUGGAGACCACGCUAAAAAGAUAGAAAGCAUUAGGGGACACUGUCACGGGGGCAGGAACAAGAAUAAAUUAUAGUACUGCUGGUGAGUAAUUCAUUCUUCUUUAUUGCACAUUGCUCUGAGGAAUAGCAAUGUUUUGGCCCUGGAAUGUGUCCUUUUGUGGACAGCUACUUAAGAAAGUAACUGUAGUUUUGCACUCUAGCCUUUUUAGGAGUUUGCUCGGUCAGCUUUAUCUUAAUGUGCCAUCUUAUUUUGCUUACUACAACACAUUUUCAAUAACAAAAUGUUUUUAAGUCCAACUUCCUUUUUAAACAUUGUGCUUUUUUUUUUUUUUUUGCAUUUGGUUUCUUUGUUUGGAUUUUUUUUCCUGAUUUACUUUCGCUUCAAUUUUAUGUACCAUUUCUUCCUUUGCUUUUGGAAAUGUCCCAUUUAUUGAAGAAGAGGUAAUAGUAAUUUCUAGGUUUAAGGUCUUAACUUACAAUAUGUAAUAAGUGGGCAUGUUCCGACACGAGGAUGCUAUCAGAACUCAUAUGGUACCUAGUGUAUAUAGUGUUUCUGCUUGAGUGUAUGAAUGAAAAAAAACUUGAGAAAUAUUACCUCACAUAUGAUGAAUGAAUAGGGUACUUGGGAAUAUCAUGACCGUGUAAUGUGUUGCUAGGAGAAUAUUUUCAGAACUCCUGUACUAGAGACCUCAUUUCCAUUUAUUUACUCCUUUUUUUUUAAAAAAAAUCUUGAACCAUGUCGUCUCACAUUAUUAAUAAUGUAACAGGUUCUUGAGAGAUUUUGACUAAGAUUUUUAGCAGUUCAUAAGUGUUGUGAACACCACCCAGUUCAUACUCCUUUAGUAUGCUCAUUUUUUAAGCACCUUUAACUCAGACUACUUUAUGAAUUUUGUUUCAAGAGAUGUUAACAUGGAUCUGUGAAUAAAAAUGCCUGUGGACAAAUA